ACCUACGACAUUGUACAUGUCCGUGGGACAUAUGUUAACCUAGAUCUACCGUAUAUAACCUAAAAUGGACUCGUAUCUUAGUCAGGAAUACGACAAUGUAUAGAACAACAUUAGAUAGGAUAAGAUCGGACAGAGCAACGAGAAAGGAGAGACCUCACUUAUUGAAGCUACACAUCACAUCCGUUAAACAAACACCGACACGCCUACGACUCUGCUAAGCACACGUAGGAUAAGCAAUCAAUUAGAAUUCGGGACUUGUACGAUUUAUGUGCAGUGAAAUGGGUUACGAUCUCGAAAGAUUCGUCGGCCCCGUAAACGAGGGUCUGUUGUGUUGUAUAUGCCGUGACGUGCUGGAGGAGCCACUCCAAUCACCGUGCGAACAUUCCUUCUGUACUGCCUGCAUCCAAGGGUGGCUUGUUCACGAGAACACGUGCCCCGAAGACCGACAGCUCCUCCUAGCAUCGAUGUUGAAACCUAUCCAUCGUUAUAUGAAAAACGAUUUAGCGAAACUCCAGGUUCGCUGCAAGAACACCGACGCUGGUUGUACACUUGUAACAAAUCUUGAAUUCGUAUUAGCGCAUCAAACUGACUGUGGGUACCAUACCAUUGAAUGCACAAGCCCAGGGUGUACUGUAAAACUCGAGCGUCGUAAACUAGAAGACCACUUGAAAGACUGUGACUACAGAAUGAAGGAAUGCCCACAGGGAUGUGGCCUACCGAUAUUGUCCACCGACGAUAAGAAACACAAUUGUAUUGCAGAACUAAGACAUACCGUGGAGCUACUGCGCUCCGAGAUGAUCUGUAAAAUGGAUGAUCAAAAACAGGACACUGAAACGAGGCUAGAUGCCCAACGAUGCCACAUGGUUGUGAAAGAAAGCGGUCUACAAUCUCAGAUCGAUGACCUCCACGCUCAUUUAUCGCGACAGACAACUGAACUCAGAAUCCUACAAGAAAUUGAAAGACAACGACGAAUUGAAAUGGACAAAAUUGAAUUGGAGAAGAAGGAAUUAUUAGAUUUGGUGAAAUCAAUGAGGGAAGAGAUGAGCGAGAGGUUUGAGGCGAUGAAAACACAAACAUUACCGGGGAAAACGAAACAACAUAUGUGUAUACAGUGUAACAAGAAAGAGAAAAUUACUGUGAUAUGAAUAAUCUAGACCCAAUAUAAAUGGUUGCUGUGUAUUUUCAAUAUGAAGUAAAGCCUCGAGAAAAUAUGGCCAAUGUAUCGGUGGUUGACCGAAUACAAAAUGCAGUUCUUGGAACUAUGCAUCGGAUUAGGUCGUAUCAUUAGCCCCAAAUUAUUAUGCAUGUGUCAGGGGAAAUCUUGAUCCAUCAACGUAUUUCAUAUGACUGAACGAAUACACUGGUUUAAUAUAGUCAUGGGAUUCAGCU